UUUCUAAAGUGCCACCACCAUCGCCCGACUAUAUACAGAAAGCAGCGAAAAAACCAAAUAAAUAUUUUGUGAAUUAAAGCGAACACUCGUUUAAUAAGUUUCGGCAUUGAAGAAGUUCGCAAGUCACAGCAGCCGACGACGUUGAUGCCCGCAGCGCAGUUCCAGCGAAAAUCCCAAUCGCAGCGCGUCCACCAGAAAGCAAACGGAAUAAACAUUUGCUCAGUGGAAGGGGAAGCCACGGCAGACAGAAGGCCCACACGGACACAAAAUGGCCACCAGCGAGAUAUCCAGCUCCAACGAGCGCCACUAUUAUGCCAAGUUAGAGGCCAUCAAGGACAUCAGGGACAAGACGCUGGCCCUCGAGAAGCUUAAGGUGCGCAUCAUCAAGGAGGUGAAGCUGAGCGACGACGAGGAGAAGUGCCUGGAGGAGUACCGCAAGGAAAUGGAGCACCUGCUCGAAGAGAAGAUGUCCCACGUGGAGGAGCUGCGCCAGAUCCACGCGGACAUCAACGAUAUGGAGAACAUCAUCAAGCAGACAAAGGAGAACCAGACGCGCUCCUUCGACAUGGCCAAUCGCGUCUACGAGGAAUACUUGGCUCUGAAGUACCAGAUCGAUCACAUGCGGCGCGACUACCUUGGCCUCAGUCCGCUGCGCGACCUGCACGAGGAGGAGGGCAGCCCCAUAUCGAAGGAUCGUUUUCAGACAAACUUCCUCAAGGUGGCCGCCCAGUCGGCGGCUGCCGCCGCAGCCGCAGCAGCCGCCUCGGUCGCACAACCCACGUCCCUGGCUCGACCACACGCUCGUCAUCCCCUGAUGCCCGAGGCCACGGUCACCGCCAUGCCCCCCAGUGCAUCGUCCGGUGGCGGUGGCAGCAGCUCAGUCAGCGCAGGCGGCGGUGGUGGUGGUGGGGGACCCGGGCACGCCUUUAUGCCGCCGGCACCGCCUGGAGCGGGCGGCGCUGGGGCUGCAGCAGCUGCCGCAGCCGCCGCUGUGCGUCUGGGCAAAGGCGACUUCUCGGCCCCGCCGCCUCCACCUCCGCCCACAAAUCGUCUUCAGCAAACACCGUCGAUUGGAAUCGGGCACCAUCCGUCGUUCCGUUCGGACUUCAACGUGAAUCUCCGCCAGCAGCCGCCGCCGAUGAAGUCGUGCCUGUCAUGCCAUCAGCAAAUCCAUCGAAAUGCCCCCAUCUGCCCGCUCUGCAAGGCCAAGUCGCGCUCCCGCAAUCCCAAGAAGCCCAAGAAGAAGAACAACUAGAUGGCAACCAGAGGCGCAGGUACACGUCCACGUUCACCGGCAGGAACAUCGACAAUUACACUCAUCAAUCUAUUCGUAACGAUUUCCCGGCCAGGUCCAGGUCCCGCAGCCUUAGGACUAGAGGUUUUUUUUUGUCAACUAUUUAUUAACCCAAGAAAAGUAUUAUCAAGCUAAAUAACAAAUUCUCAAACACAAAAAACUAGUUCUUAAGAGCUUUUGAAGAGUGUUUUUGCUCAAUUUUAAUUUUCGAUUGUAAGUUAAAUCUAAUUUAAAGACUUUUAAAAGCAAAUCUCGUGUCAAAUUUCAUGAACUUAAUUCAUAAGUGUGUAAGCAUUAAUAUACUUAAUGUGCAUGUGCAUAUAGGCAUCUUGAGAACUUAAAAAAUAAAAAUAAUAAAAC